GAACCCACAGUUACACCAGCUUGAUGAAACAGACCAUGCAGCAAUUUCAUUCCAGAGCAAUCUGAAACCAGCACACUUUCAGUGCCUACACCUGCCCUAGACUCUGAAAAGCCCCAGCAUUUGGCAUUUUAACCCUGACCAACACUGCUGACUUUCCACUCUUCAACACCCACAAUAGCACAGACCAAUACACCAUGGGAAAUGAAACAACAGACUACACCAACCAACCAGUGACAACAGAAUUUGAUUAUGGCGAUUCGACACCAUGCAUGGGAAGAGAGGAAAAGCACUUUGCAGCAAAUUUUUUGCCACCUCUUUAUUCUUUAGUGGUGAUAUUUGGCCUGACAGGCAACAUGCUUGUUGUUCUUAUCCUGGUAAAAUACAAGAGGCUGAAGAGCAUGACUGACAUCUACCUGCUCAACUUGGCAAUUUCUGAUCUGCUGUUUGUAUUUUCUCUCCCCUUUUGGGCUUAUUAUGCAGUCCAUGACUGGAUUUUUGGGGAGGCACUCUGUCGAAUUCUGUCAGGUGUCUACUUCCUUGGCUUCUACAGUGGCAUCUUUUUCAUAAUCCUGCUGACCCUGGACAGGUACCUGGCCAUAGUGCAUGCGGUGUUUGCUUUGAAAGCCAGGACAGUCACCUACGGUGUCCUCACCAGUGUUGUCACUUGGGCUCUUGCUGUUCUCAUUUCUGUUCCUGGGGUAGUAUUUCACAAAACUCAGAAGGAAAGUUCAGGCUAUACUUGCAGUACUCAUUAUCCAAGUGAUUCCACAAUAAAUUGGAAGUACUCUUUUAUUUUAAAGAUGAACAUUCUGGGACUUAUUGUUCCAAUGCUCAUUAUGAUUUUCAGUUACUCACAAAUUCUAAAAAUAUUAUUGAGAUCUAAGAAUGAAAAAAAACAGAAGGCAGUCAGACUUAUUUUUGUAAUCAUGAUUUUUUACUUCAUCUUCUGGACACCAUUCCAUAUUUCUUCUUUUUUGCAUACAUUUCAAGAUUCAUUUUUCAUCACGGAUUGUGAACUUAAAGGUCAACUGGAGAAGGCAAUCCAAGUGACAGAAACAAUCUCAAUGAUCCAUUGUUGUAUCAACCCUGUGAUUUAUGUAUUUGUUGGAGAAAAAUUCAGGGCAUAUCUUCGCAGCUUUUUCCGAAAGCAUGUCGCACCUCACCUUUGCAAAAAAUGUCCAAGUCUGUAUCAUGAAAAGUUGGAAAGAGCCAGUUCCACAUUCACACAAUCCACUGCAGAGCAUGAUAUCUCUACUGGACUGUAAAAAUACAUCAGAACAUUAGUUAGCAAAUUUUGCAUUGCUUGCUUUGCUUUAUGGAGUGCUUGACAUUAUUUAAGAUCCUUAUGUCAACCACUACUGAAAACUGUAUGACCCUCUAUUCUUGUGGUCAACUGCUCCCUGGGAUUACAGCAUUUUCCAUUGCUAAACUAAGAGAAUCAAUGAGCUCUCCAAGAAACAUUAACUGUAUAUCAGGGUCACAUCAAGAUUUAAACAGGGUCCAGACAAAUAUGAUUGUGCAUUUUUACAAAAAUCUGUCCACUGAGAUUUACUGAGGGAGGAAAACAAUAUUGAAAAGUCUAAUGCAGUCAAUUUUAAAUAAAAUCCUUUAGCAGCUGUAACUAAGUUAUAGCAUUUUUAUUUCUGCUUUUUAAUUUUAUGCCUGCCAUAUCACCAUUUAGUUGCUGACUUUUUUCAAAGUGUGGUUUUAAUCAGCAACAUUGUGAUUUUUGUGGUUGUAAUUCUUCAAGCAACUGCACACACCAAGUUUACUGACUUCACAACAAGACAAAAACUCCUAAAAAGUGUGAGCUUGUUUCUGACAAGUCACAUCCCUCCAAGAAAACAAACAAACAAACAAACAAACAAAAAAACCAAAAAA